AUGGUUGCUCCCGCCAAAAAAUAUACCGAUGAGCGUCCUGUGGAGGCCGUCGUGGCCCUCCCGGAUUCUGUGGAUGACGUGACCCUCCCGGAUUCGGUUGAAGACUUCAGCGACAAGACUCAACAAGAUCAAGAAACCGCGCCGUUCAUCUGCCUCCUCUCUCACGGGAUCCACCUGGGCGACUAUGUCGCUAUCUUGGAGUACUCCUUUAACUGUACCGGUCUGAAAGUCCUCCAAUGGACCCCCAAAAGCCAUAUGGUCGAGUUUGGGUCCUACUAUGAGAUCCCUGAAAAGGACGAUCUUGGUCGCAAGAAGAGAGUCGCCGUAGUUUCGGAGCGGCAUACCGUCGAGCUGCCAAACCCCAAUCUGCCUUAUUUGCCCUUCUGCGAGAACCUCGACCGGCUGGUUGAAACCCAAACCCCAGUAACAGCAGUUGCCAACCUCUCUGUCCCCAUCAAUGCUUUUCCUGAGAAUGUCAGACGCAUCAUUUGUAGCAAGGUUGUCCAUAGAGACGCCGGCGAAAUUUACCCUGAGGUCGUUGGUCUCUGUGUGCUCGAAUACGAGCUUCUCGCACCUCUCAAUUCUUCCUCCUCUUCUUCCUCCUCCUCUUCUUCCUCCUCCUCCUCCUCUACAAGCUCACAAUCGUCGUCUCCAUCACACAAAAACCUGGAGUGGAAAGCGAUCGUCGGCUACACGUUGGACGUCUCAAGCGCCGGCCAUGAGUACAAAACCAGCACCACCAGCGCCACAGGAGACCGUCCCAAAACACAACACACUCUUACCCUAGAUCUUGGCAUCGGCUACCCCGCUCAGAGUUUUUUUGCUCUUCAACAACCCCGCGUUCGCUACAAUAACCCCUCUUUUUUCUCGAUGAACAGUGUCGAACAGUCCACCGAAUGCUGCAAGUUCCAGGACUUCUCUGUCACUGAAGACCACCUCUCGAAAAGGCGCAAGCUCAUCUUCAAAAGAGGCAACUACAUCCGCCCAGCUCAGAACUCCGUUCGGUCGGCCCGUGUCAGGGCUGCUCCGCUACCGAACGGGUCGGGGCUCCGGCCGAUCUUGCCUGCCAUAUCGCUGCCAACCAGUAUUAUGCCCAACAUCGUCGUCACUGUCCGCAACUCAGACAGCAGCAGCAACUCUAGUGCCGGCGUGUCAUCAAGCAACUCUGGUGCCAGCUGGUCUCCAAGUAGCGUCAGGUUCAAUGUGUUGGCAAGCAGCCCCAGUGCCAGCUCCAGUGCCAGCUUCAGUGCCAGUACCAGUGCAUGCCUCAGUCGUCCUCCUCACCGUUCUCCUGCCGUCAUCGUUCGUCCUCCUCACGGUUCACCUGCCGUCGUCGUUCGCCCUCCUCUUCAUCCUCCCCCCGACGAGUCCCCAACUGCUUCUAGAGAUCGGAUCUAG